CGGCAGUGACGGGAUCGGCUAGCUGUGACUGGUUGUAAUGGGAGGGAGGCGGGCUUUUGGGCGGAGAGGUCUCUCUGCAGCUGGAAGCUGGAUUUCAUUGUGCGAGUGAGAGAGAGACGCGCAGCUGUUGAUUGAGAAUUUCAACUGGAUACGCGAAAAAAAAAACCGGAAUAAAUAAUUUUUUUUUUCCUUGAAAAAUGAGUAGAAAAGUGACAAAAAAAUUAAAUGGUACAGAAUAGCAGCAUGUCCAGGCGGCCUUCUACUCCCACGCAGAUGGACAUUUCUGAGAAUCCUAAUUUACAGGGGAAGUAUGCCAAACGAAAGAGCCGCUUCAAACGCUCGGACGGAAGCACCUCCUCCGACACCACCUCCAACAGCUUCGUGCGGCAGGGAUCGGCGGACUCCUACACCAGCCGUCCCUCUGACUCGGACGUGUCCCUGGAGGAGGACCGCGAGGCUCUGAGGCGCGAGGCGGAGCGGCAGGCCCUAGCGCAGCUGGAGAAGGCCAAGACGAAGCCAGUGGCGUUUGCGGUGCGCACCAACGUGGGGUACAACUCCGCGCCUGGGGACGACGUGCCAGUGCAGGGCAUGGGCAUCUCCUUCGAUGCCAAGGACUUCCUUCACAUCAAAGAGAAGUACAGCAAUGACUGGUGGAUCGGCCGGCUGGUGAAGGAGGGCUGUGAGGUCGGCUUCAUCCCGAGUCCCGUCAAACUGGAGAACACGAGACUGCUGCAGGAGCAGAGGCUGAGGCAGAACAGGCUCAGCUCCAGCAAAUCUGGGGGAAACUCAAGCUCCAGCCUGGGUGAUGUUGCCACGGGAACACGCAGGCCCACGCCCCCCGCCACAGGUCAUGUCGAGUUGUCUAAUGUCACGUUCGAUAUAGACGCUCUCGAUCUCGAUGCUGAGGAGCCGGGCACCGAGCCCCUGGUCAACCAGCCCAAAACCAGUGUGAGCAGCGUCACCUCCCCCCAAGCUAAUGCCAAGCGCAUUCCCUUCUUUAAGAAGAUGGAGCAAGUCCCUCCCUAUGAUGUGGUGCCUUCCAUGAGACCCAUCAUUCUAGUGGGUCCUUCUCUCAAGGGAUACGAGGUCACAGACAUGAUGCAGAAGGCUCUGUUUGACUUCCUGAAACACAGGUUUGACGGCAGAAUAUCAAUCACUCGGGUGACAGCUGACAUCUCUCUGGCGAAGCGCUCUGUGCUCAACAACCCGAGCAAGCACACCAUCAUCGAGAGGUCCAGCACGCGCUCCAGCCUGGCGGAGGUGCAGAGUGAGAUUGAGCGGAUCUUUGAGCUGGCGCGGACCCUGCAGCUCGUGGCUCUCGAUGCCGACACCAUCAACCACCCCUCCCAGCUCGCCAAGACGUCACUGGCACCCAUCGUGGUGUACAUCAAGAUCGCCUCUCCCAAGGUGCUGCAGAGGCUGAUCAAGUCCCGGGGAAAGUCUCAGGCUAAACACCUCAACGUGCAGAUGGUAGCGGCAGACAAGCUGGCACAGUGCCCUCCUGAGCUGUUUGACAUCAUCCUGGAUGAGAACCAGUUGGAGGACGCCUGCGAGCACCUGUCUGAGUACCUGGAGGCGUUCUGGAAAGCCACGCACCCCCCGAGCAGCAACCCGCCCAACCCCCUGCUGAACCGCACCAUGGCCACCGCCGCGCUGGCCGCCAGCCCGGCCCCCGUCUCCAACCUGCAGGUCCAGGUGCUCACCUCCCUGCGCCGCAACCUGGGGGGGCUGUGGGGGGGUGUGGGGGUGGCGCACCAGGAGGAGGAGCAUGCGCUCUAGGAGGGGGCGGGAGGGGGAGGCUCUUACAGACACAGGCUCGACGCUAACAUUACAUUGCAGCUCAAGCCAGUCCACAUGCCUCACUGUGAAUCAGACGCUCUGUAUAAAGCACGGCAUUUUUUGUAAAAGGAAAAUAGAAACUGUUAUGAGAAACUGUCAUCCAUAGCUAUUAAACAGUCAAUAGCACGAUAGAGUCAACAGAGUUUCGAAACGCCAAAGGAAACAUAAUAAGUUUAGUGUCAAAUGUUGUGGCUAGAAGUCUUUCUUAGUGUCUUCAUUGUCCAAUUUGAAGACCUAGAGAAAGACUGGUCUGGUCGAUAAGUUUGUUAUGAAAACUAGCAUCAAAAUAUUUUUUUUUCUUAAAUCAGCACAUUUGCAACACAUUCAUAUUUCACACUGGCACUGUGAGGAGCGCACUGGAUCUGUAUCGUGCAGCACAUUCAUAUUUCACACUGGCACUGUGAGGAGCGCACUGGAUCUGUAUCGUGCAACACAUUCAUAUUUCACACUGGCACUGUGAGGAGCGCACUGGAUCUGUAUCGUGCAGCACAUUCAUAUUUCACACUGGCACUGUGAGGGGCGCACUGGAUCUGUAUCGUGCAACACAUUCAUAUUUCACACUGGCACUGUGAGGAGCGCACUGGAUCUGUAUCGUGCAGCACAUUCAUAUUUCACACUGGCACUGUGAGGAGCGCACUGGAUCUGUAUCGUGCAGCACAUUCAUAUUUCACACUGGCACUGUGAGGAGCGCACUGGAUCUGUAUCGUGCAGCACAUUCAUAUUUCACACUGGCACUGUGAGGGGCGCACUGGAUCUGUAUCGUGCAACACAUUCAUAUUUCACACUGGCACUGUGAGGGGCGCACUGGAUCUGUAUCAUGCAGCACAUUCAUAUUUCACACUGGCACUGUGAGGAGCGCACUGGAUCUGUAUCGUGCAACACAUUCAUAUUUCACACUGGCACUGUGAGGAGCGCACUGGAUCUGUAUCGUGCAGCACAUUCAUAUUUCACACUGGCACUGUGAGGGGCGCACUGGAUCUGUAUCGUGCAGCACAUUCAUAUUUCACACUGGCACUGUGAGGGGCGCACUGGAUCUGUAUCAUGCAGCACAUUCAUAUUUCAGUUGACUGCGGUUAAGAGGAAUCUGCUGCACAUUGCAGACAGAAAGCAAAACCCAUCUUGUCACAGAGAGCACAGCAGCUAGAGACUGAUCCCCCAAGCACUGACAAUAACUCUACAGGGAGAGGGGAGAUCCCCGUUGCAUAGCGUUGAAUAGCGGUUCUCUGAACCCAGGUUUUACUAUUAACCUGUAGUCCGUGCUUUGUUUUACACCGGACAAAACAAAAUAAACUAUCAAAAAACUUUUUUGUGCUGUGGAAUGGGAAGUUCAACCCCUCUCCGUCCAUUCAACUAAUCACAAAGUAAAAAAAAAAAAACUAAUACAAAGAAAGGCAAUGGUGCUAAAGCAGUGCAGCAGCAUGUGUGAAGCCCAGCUGAGCUAGCUGCCAGUGCUCGUGUUGUGCGGUGGCACGCCCCUUAUAAAGCUUCCCACAGUAAAAGCACAGCAAAGUGAAAGCUUGCUAAAACACAGAGCGAAACGGUGAAGCAAAUUUUAAAACUUGGCAAACCAUGCUGAACUAUGGUAAAGGCAUAGUACAAAACUGCAAAUGUAUCAUGCAGAUUUACUGUGGUGGACUUUUAUAAGGGACAAACUAAUCAGAGAGCUGUAGUGUAUGAACUGCCCCUCUGGGCUUCCUUCAGAAUCACCCUGUACAUCCCAUAAUACACAGGGUAUCCUGUAAGUCAUCACAGGCAAUAUCAGACUCUCUGCCCAUUAGAGUGUGCUCUGUUCAAUGGGGCGGCUAUACCCCCUCGACUAUCUGCACCACACAGUACUCUGAAUUCCUUCCUCUGCUUAAAGAUAUUUCACAGCUGAGAGAAGCAGAGACAGCUGAUAUUGACAGCUGUGCCUGGUUAUGGGACACCUUGUAAAUACUGUAAGUGUAUAUCAGAAGGGAGCUGCAGUCCUCCUGUAUGAAGUGAUGAAAACAUUAUCAAUUAUAUAUUUUUAGUUGUGAAUGUAGUUGUUUUUUAUAUAGACAGAAUGAAUGCAGGUUUAGCAUAAGGGCUAAUAUAUAUCUUAACAUCCCAUCAGGUUUAGGGUUCACACCUACCUCAUUAGGGCAAAACAAAUCUCCCCUUUUAAAAUGUCUAGAUUUACCUUUAAUUGUAACAUUUUACAUCUAUAGCCCUCCUUGUUGUAAUAUUAUUAAUAACAAUCACAUUAGUGUCAGCUAGCCAGAGCAGGAUGCCUGGUUUUGUUUGAAGUUUAAAACACUGGAACAUGUCAGUGUUUCCCAGAUUGAACUUGGAACUCAUAAAAAUACAGUACACAGAAAAACGCAUUUGCCAAAACGUUUGUCUGCUUGACUUUACAUUUCUUCUACUUGCACCUUUUUUUCAAUAGAGAAAAGGAUCUGGGAAAACUGCUGAGAUAUAUUUUUGACUAAACUAACUAACUAACUGUGUGUCUAACAGGGCGCCUGUGUUUGUUUUUUCUCCUCUAUAACCCCCCGACGCUGCAUGGUGUGCGUGUGUGCUUUGGUUUUGCGCUGGCCCUCCAGGGCCCCUACCUGGUGCACGGGGAACAGCCUCGGCUCCGAGACGGGCCUCUGUCGGACCGGGCCGGGCUGCGGGAGUACCAGCCCGACCCAGGCA